GAGCUCAGUUUGAUGGAAAACAACAUGUUUCUAAGAUGACCACACGGCCAACUCAAAUUUGUGAGGAAUUCAACACAUACAAUGAGAUCUACGACAGUUUCACUAAAAUGGGCCUUCGAGAAAAUCUGCUGAAGGGAAUAUAUGCAUAUGGUCUGGAGAAGCCUUCUGCCGUGCAUCAACGAGGAAUUGUCCCGUUGUGUAAGGGUCUGGAUGUUAUUCAGCAGUCGCUGUAUGGAACAACUGUGACACUUGCCUGUGGAGUUCUGCAGCGACUCGAUUAUGGAUCUGCGGAAUGCCAAGCGUUGGUCCUUGUACCAACACGUGACUUAGCACAGGAGACUGAGAAAGUUAUUGGAGCACUUGGUCAGUGGCUAGGUGUCAAAGCUCAUGCUUGUUUUGGAGGAACUAGCGUUCGUGGGGACAAUCAAUUUUUGUCGAGCAGCGUUCAAGUCAUCGUCGCUACGCCUGGUCGUGUUCUUGACAUGCUGAGAAGGCGAGCACUCUGUCCAGAUAACAUUAGAAUGUUUGUCUUGGAUGAAGCAGAUGAAAUACUCACAGGAGGUUUGAAGGACCAGAUCUAUGAUAUUAUCCAGCUUCUCCCAAGCAAAAUCCAGUUUGGAGUAUUCUGUACCACCAUGUCCCAUGAAGCUCUCGAGCUUUGCCGGAAGUGCAUGUAUGAGCCUAUGAAGGUCAUUGUGCCGAAAGAUGAAGAACUUCAGAGUAUUAGCAUUAGGCAGUUCUAUGUUAAAGUUGAGAAGGAAGAAUCAAAGUUUGAUAAAUUGUGUGACAUUUUUCGCACCAUGCCGGUCACACAAUGCAUCAUCUUUGUCAACGCACGUCGGAAGGUCAAAUCACUGACUGAGAAGAUGAGAGGCAGGGAUUACACUGUCUCAACAAGCCACGGUGGUAUGGACCAGCAGGCAAGAGAAGUUGCCAUCCAGGAUCUCAGUUCUGGAUCCUCUUGUGUUCUCAUUACCACUGACCUUCGUGGCGCUGACGGAUUGGAGGUCCCUGUGGUCAUCAACUAUGACCUGCCGACACAACCGGUGCAAUACCUUCGUCAUGUGCAACGAAGCGGACAACCCAGAGGGAAGGGUGUCACCAUCAGCUUUGUUACUCGCGCUGAUUACCGUGUUCUGUCCGACAUCCAAAGGUUCUGCAACGCUCCGGUAGCGGAGCUACCCUCAAACACCGCAAACCUCCAGUGAGCAAUACCCUAGUUGGUUAUAGUGUGGAGAUCGGUGCGGCUAGAUUUUUGGUCGCUUUUCCUGAGAGCUGCACAUCAUCUGCAUUUUGUUGAAUCUGGGA